AUACCAACUCAGAGUAUAGUAGGGAGGAGAGUGAUUGCUAGUAUUAGACUAACCAGGAAUACUGCUCUGGGGAAAGCCACAUUUCUUUUUCUUUCUUACUUUUUUUUUCCUUUGUUUUUUCUGUUUUAUUUUUUUAUGAACAAAACUAAAUAUUUACAUUUUGUUUUUUGAAGUCAUCUUAGGAAAUAGUUAUGAAGACAUCAGACAUCCUGGAUGUUACGUUAUGUUUUUAACUUUCCAAGUUAAUUUUAUUUGACGCCAAAAGACAAGCUUUAGAUCUUCAUUCUACUAUGGGAGGAACAAAGAAAUAUACCUUUGCAUUGUCCCUCUAUUUUAUUGGACUACCGAUUGGAUCCCUAUGCUUGUCUGACAUCACAGCAUCUGCAAAUAUAAAAAAGAAUCUCUUAAACUAUUACCACUCAGUUAUUUUGCCAGAAGGGAAAGAAACAACCAUCUACUUAUUAAAAGAUGUUACAAAAAGGUAUUACUUUCCUUUGGAAGAAAACAGUACACAUCACUUCUCAAUAACAGUGACUCCCUGUGAUGUACCUAUCGAAUGGAGUAUUUUACAGUACAAAAUGUCACAUAUUUCUCAAGGAACCACGUCAGAUCAUUUUAGACCUUUGGGUGAUCUAAAAUCAAGACAAUUAUAUAAAACAGUAUCUGCACUUUUCCAUUAUAAAGGAAACUCUGUAGAAAACUAUGUGGGAGUACCAUCAUAUUCUUCAUCCCUUUUCUUGUUGGAAUUUUUAUCUACUGAGAGAGAUACUCACAUUUCAGUGUACUUAACAACUGACCUAGCAUAUGGAACUCUAUUUCCUGAACUUCCUGGAGAUCCACGUAUUGAUGUCACCACAUUGAACCACAAUUCUGUUAGCCUUGUCUGGAAACCAAGCCCAACUGGCUUGAAAAUGAAGGAACACAUUGAAUACUGCAUACUUGUAAAUGAAAAACACAAUUAUAAAAGCUUGUGUGCUGCUGAUGAUGCUGUAAGAUCAGUUAGUGGGCAACGGACAAUGUUCUCCAAUCUUCCUGUCUCACAACGUAUAGAGGACCUUCAAGGAGUCAUGCAUUUAUCAAACAGGGAAUUAAACAUUAUUCGCAAAACCAACAAUAUGGAGGUUAGACAAAUAUGUAUUGGUAAUAAAAAUGUGUACACAGUGUCUAAUUUGACCCCUAACACUCAGUAUUACUUUGAUGUGUUUGUAGUCAAUCUGCUCACUAAUGGCAGUGCUGCCUAUACAGGGACAUUUGCAAAGACUUUAAUGGAGCCCACACCCAAGUACUCGCAACUAAAAGAUGGAAAAAUUGUCCAAAUUAACCUUAAUGGAAACACUCAAAAAAGCUAUACAUUUCAAUAUCAAUCUAUGCAUAAAAAAGUUCAGUUUACAUUCCAAUCAUGUAAAGGUCACGUACGAGCCCAAAUAUUGAAAAAUGGAAAAACAUUAUUUUCUGAAUCAAUACAAGGUUUAAGACAUAUAACUCUUACUGGUAAAAUAUUAGAAAAAUAUGUGGUAAUAGCAUCAGCAGAACAAAACACAAAUUCUUCUGUGAUGGUUCAAGCAUCUUCACAAAUCCACAAACCUCUGUUUCCCUUCUUCCCAGAUAGUUUAAAAAUAAGAUCUUUUAACAAGCUCAGAACCUGCAACUCCAUUACAAUAGCUUGGCUUGGUACCCAGGAGAGAAGUUUAUAUUGUCUGUACAAGAAAAAAAUUCAAGAAGACCAAGUAUGGAAAGAAAUGUCCAAUCAUGACAGAUGCUUAGGACCUUAUUCAAGACCAAAAUCAGAGAAAGUUUCAUGUAAAUAUUUCCACAACAUCAACCUUCAUAAAGCAGUGACCACUGAGACCAUAUCUGGGUUAGAAAAGGGGUCUCUAUACCUUAUAGAUGUGUAUCUUGUGGGAUCCCCUGGCAUAAUGGUGAGGUACCAUACAAAGAUGGUAAAAACAAGGAAACAAUGUUAAGGCUUGAGCUUUUAAAAAAAAUGUAAAUAUUGAAAAAUGGGUAAACUUGUUAUCUUAUGUUUUAUUUAAUAUUCAGUAAUAAAAGAGCCCCAAUUGUAAAUAAAACAAUAAAAAAUAUUUUUUCAAAUCCCCCCUAAAAAUAACAAGAACAAGGCAAACACUGUACUGUUUUUUAAUAAUCCUGUUUAUUAAAAUAUUUAAACAGUGCUGUACAAAGUAUAUGAGAUGGUUCAUAAAAUUAUGUAUCAAAACAAUAUUUUACUUGCUAUGCUUAUAUUUACAUUUCUCAUGUCUCCUGUGCAGACACCUUCCAGGCUGUAAUGUGUAUGUAAGAGAAAGUCAGGGUGUCCCACAGACAGGGCCACAGCCAUUUUUCUACUCCCAAGCACUGUUAUUAUGAUAAAUAAAGAUUACCCCACUUGUUAGCCAUAUAGCCAUCACAUUGUAUGCUCCAUAUAUGUCACAAAAAUCUCUGUCUCCUUGUUCAAAAUAACAUUAUAUUAAUAUAAUAUUUGGCUAUCAACCUUAGCCUGACGCAGUCCCCUUGAUGAUUUAGUCAUCCACAGAUUGGUACAAUAAAAAUGGAAAUAGAUGAUAACUAAAGAUGGACUUACAUGACUUGAUUUCCUGUGUUUGUCCAACUGGCAUGAUUAUGUAACUGGAAUAUAUACAAGAAGCAUUUCUAAUUAAAAGCAUCAAGUUUAUUCUCAACAAAAGUGAAAUUUUGUCAAUCACCAGUCUCUCCUGUUUACCUGCAAAUUCUAAGAAAAUCAUGCUGUCAGCCCUAUAUAGAUAAUGGCUUCACUGGAUCCUCCUGCUUAUCUCUGGUCAAUAGAUUUUUCAUCUUUCCUGUCCCUGACCCCAACACAAGAGCAGAACAUGAUAAAAAUGUAAUUCUUUGUGCUUCAGAAAAGGGGACGGGGCCACCCUGACCAGGACCCACUGGGGAUUAUCCUGGUAGGCCAGUCUGACUUGGAACUUCAAAGAUUAUUUUAGGCACAUAGUAAAACUGUGCUCUCAGGGGCGUAACUAUAGAGGAAGCAGACCCUGCGGCUGCAGGGGGGCCCAGGAGGUAUAGGGGCCCCAUGAG